GGUUCUGCGGCAGGGGUGAGGUGCAAGGGUCGCGUGUGCGUGCGUGAUUCAGGGAGGACGUGCGCCUGCGCGUAGCGUGCACUGUAAACGCUUCGAGAUCCGCGUGGCGCGAGUUAGAAGUGUCUUCGCGCUCUUAGUCUCGCCUCGUCCAUUCGUUCAUUCUCGUUGUCUCGUUGUCUCGUUGUCUCGUUGCGUGGGAGAGCCCCGGAGAUCCGUACCCGAAGUCGCGGCUAGGGGCUGCUUUUCUCAUCUCGGCGGUUUCCGACCCUCGCGGAGUAAAACGGCGGCCGCGUCGCCGCGAGCAUCGACAUUGGCCGGCGCGUCGCGUCUCCGUACGCUCUCUCUACUUUCCGCUUAAUUUGUCAUUGGACGUGUAGCCAGCGCGACGAUGGAGCCCCUCGUCCGUCCGUACCCACCCCAUGGCAUCCCUCGAGCGCAACAAACUCCCGUUCCCGUCACCGCAGCGUCCUCCCGCCUCUCUUGAAACUCCUCGAUCGCGGCGACGAACGCGUUCGUGUUCGAUGGAACGCUCGCCGUCGAGAACGAACGUCGAAUCGACGGCAGGUGGGAACGCGAGAGGAUUUCGAACCCGUUGAUCGAAACAUGUCCGAGGAGAUCGUUGCCAGACGCGGGACCCCGACCAGCGAGAUUCUCGACGAGAACGGCGGAAGGAAACGGAGCACCGCGCAACGAAGAUGGCGGAUACUCGCGAAAGCGUUGACCGGUUCGCAGGAACCGAUCACCGCGGACAGGGACGACCAGGUCUCGGUACGUCGUUUCACCAGCUUCGAUCUGUUGGAGAUCGAUCGUUUGGAGAACGCGCCCGACGAUCCGGACUACGGCUGGCACGAGUACUCCGCCAUUUUGGAGAACAAACCGUUCAGCGUGCAGAUACGCCGUAUAAAGAAAAGCUUCACCGCCAACGAGCUGAUCGGCUUCAACAACACCGGGAACGUUUGCGUAUGGCCGUCGGAGGAGUGCCUGGCGUAUUAUUUGUUGAAGAACCGGGAGAUCUGUCGGGAGAGAAGAGUCCUUGAACUCGGCGGCGGAAUGAGCUGUUUGGCUGGCGUGAUCGCGGCCAAGUACUGCGAUCCCAGCGGCGUCACCGUCACGGACGGCAACGUGACCAGCGUGGACAACGUACGUUGCAUCGUCGCUAGGAACGGCAUGGCCGAUUUCGUUCAGUGCCGCGUCGUUCAGUGGGCCAAAGCCGCGACAGCGCUAAGAAGGGCCACGCAGGCUAGGGCGUUCGGCCAUACGCACCCCAACGGCCUCCGAGUUAAGAGCUGGACCGGGAGCGGGAACGACGUGGCCAACAACGUUCUGGAAAGUCUGUACGACGUGAUCCUGUGCGCGGACUGUCUGUUCUUCGACGAGGCCCGUUCCGACCUGGUGGAAACGAUCUACGGUUGCCUGGCGAACGACGGCCUAGCGUUGGUGAUGGCGCCCAGACGUGGCUCGACCUUCCAAAAGUUCGCGGAAGCGGCGGUCAAACGGGGCUUUAUCGCGCGGCAGAUAGAUCGUUACGACGGCAAGAUUUGGUCCAGGCAUCUGGAGUUGUUGGAGCGUAGCCAGGAGUAUUGUCCCGAUCUCCAUUAUCCGAUACUUCUGGAGCUGACCAAGCAGAAGAGGACGCCGCCCGGAUGAUGCCCAUCGAUCCUCGACGAGGACAACGAUGACGACGAUGACAACGACCAUUUCGACGAGAAUUUUGGCGAAACUCGAUUUUCCGCCGCAUUGUUCCUUCGCAUCGGCUUAGAUACUUACACGUUCGUCCUUGGAACCGUUUUCUUCUACUUUUUACCCUCCGUUCGUGGAAAAAAAAAAGAAAAACAACAGAUCUUGCUCGUUACGUUUCAUUCCAGUUCGUUCGACAUUGUGAUAUAGGAAUGACGGGACUUAUCCUACGCGCGUACAGUCCAAUACCAUCGAAUCGUUGGAAGAUUAUCGAACCUAGCUCUAUUUUUUACCUCUAUAGUUAAUUAACGCUUAAGGAUUUCACACGGUUGAUCCCCGCUGGCGUUACAAGUUUUUAAUCGAUAAAAAGUCACGGGCUUCGUUCUCUGAAAGAACACUUUAUAUUAUUAACAUAAUAGUAUUGCAACUCGGGAUGUUGGAAAAAUUAGAAUACAUUUUCGACGAGUUAAGAUCGUACUGCUUAUUUCAUCUUUGCGAAUGUGUCAUAAUCGCGUGCAUUGUACGCUGGCGGGAAUUAGCAGGCUUUGCUCGCCGCGAGAUGCGUAGACGGGACGAAUCGUGAAGCGAUAGUAUUCAAAGUACCUGAUUUUAGACUGAUAGCAUCGGGAAAAUUGAAAUCGCGAUCCUCGCAACAGUAACGUUUUUCAUUUACCGUUCUAGGCAAAGGUGGACUCGCGUUAGUCCAGUGAUUCUUAAUCUCUUCGAAUUCUAAUUCGUAACUAAUUGGCGUCGAAAUUGGUCGAAACAAUUAACGAUCGAAAGCAAGAGGAUGGUACGUUGAGCUAUAAAAGGGUUUAAGAAUCACUGUGUGCAAUCGAUGCGAUCGCGUGUGUUACAUAAACGCCGCGAAGCGACUCUCACGGAAGAUCGGUUAUAGGAAAAUGUCUGAUGGGAGCGAUAAACGCGACGAGAGUUUCAGAACGUAAACACCCGCAUUACGAGGAAUGACACGAAUUCCUAUGUCUUCGUAGACGAUUACGAGUUGAUCAGCCUCCGCUUGACAAUACCGCGAGUGUUCGCGUGAAACCUAUGUAGCUUAUUUGGUCGCUAAUGCCGAUGUAAUGCCGAUGUAACGCGAUCGUUACGUUUAUCAAAUGUUCCUCCGUUUCUUCGUAGCAAAGACCGAACUUAUACGGCAUAGAUUUCGAUUAAACCAGCGUGUCCCAACAGUGGGACGUUCGAGGGACGAUCAAUUUCAGGUGUACGUUUCAGCAUAUUC